GGGCGGAGUGCGAGAUACGACCUUAUAUAUGCGCUGUGCGCACAACUUCAGUUUACAAUUGACAAACACAGAGUAGUGACCUAUUACACGGUGGGUUGGAGCAACGGCGUGAACGCUGGCGCCUCACGGCUAGUAACGGGGAGUCAUCUGUUGCACGACCACCUUGAGGUGAUCAGAUCAGAGGUGAUCAGUAUUUGAUUGAAAGGAGCUGUUGAACUGUGAUUAAGGCACCAAACUGCACAUCAUUAUCUGACCAUUUGAAAACAUGGUGCAAAACAAAAUCACGGAGGUCACAGGAUUCCAUCGCUCCUUCAAGGGGCAAAAUCCUUUCAAGACUGAUGAAUUCAUAGAUUCGGAACCCCAUCUUGAAUCGUCCUUCAAGUUAGACCGCUCGCCAAGGCCUGCCAUGCCAUCCAGCCAGCCCAUCGAUAUCCCUGAUGCCAAGAAGAGAAAUAAGAAGAAAAAAAGAUGCAGAGCCACAGACAGUUUCUCCGGACGUUUUGAAGAUGUUUACAAACUACAAAAUGAGAUUCUUGGAGAAGGUGCAUAUGCUGUUGUUCAGACCUGCAUCAAUCUGAUCACCAAUAAAGAAUAUGCAGUAAAGAUAAUUGAGAAGAGGCCAGGCCACAGUCGGAGCCGUGUUUUCAGGGAGGUAGAAAUGCUCUACCAGUGCCAAGGCCACAGAAACAUUUUGGAACUUGUGGAAUACUUUGAGGAAGAGGACAAAUUUUAUUUAGUCUUUGAGAAACUGAGAGGCGGUUCUAUCUUGACUCACAUACACAGAAGACAACAUUUCAAUGAACAGGAAGCCAGCAUAGUGGUGCAGGACAUCGCCAGUGCUCUGGACUUCCUACACAACAAAGGGAUGGCACAUCGAGACCUAAAGCCAGAGAACAUCCUCUGUGAACAUAGUGACAGGAUCUCUCCAGUAAAAAUCUGCGAUUUUGAUUUGGGUAGCGGGAUCAAACUAAAUAGUGACAGCUCUCCCAUCUCCACCCCUGAGCUCUUGACUCCGUGUGGCUCAGCUGAAUACAUGGCACCUGAAGUGGUGGAGGCUUUUAAUGAAGAAGCUAGCAUUUACGACAAACGCUGUGACCUGUGGAGCCUUGGCGUCAUCCUGUACAUCAUGCUGAGUGGGUACCCGCCCUUUGUGGGUCGCUGUGGAACAGACUGUGGUUGGGACUGGGGAGAACCAUGCCAAGCCUGUCAGAGCAUGCUGUUUGACAGUAUUCAGGAAGGCAAAUACGAGUUUCCUGAGAAGGACUGGGCACACAUCUCUCCUGCAGCCAAAGACCUCAUCACCAAACUGUUGGUGCGGGACGCCAAAGACCGCCUCAGUGCCGCCCAAGUUCUGCAGCACCCUUGGGUCAAGGGGUGUGCACCCAAUGCUGUUUCUGCAUCCAUAUUACAUCAGAGGGGUGGUAGCGCUCAGGACCUGACGUUCUUUGCGGGGCAGGCCGUAGCCAUGAACCGGCAGCUGUCUGAGAGAGAAGAGAGCGAGGAACAGCAGCAGCAACUAGAAAAGGAGCUCUCCUCCCCACUACUCCUCUCCUCCAGCUGUGGCUCCAUGCUGCUGUCUCCUUCCUCCAGGUCCAAGCUGGCCUGCCGCAGGAAGACCGCAAGCAGCCAACACCGAGGGCCGGUGUGCGCUGCUGAACUACGCCAGCUCCUUGCCCCACUUGUGAUUGUGGGCGACUGUGCCUGAUCUCUACCACGUCCUUCAGCCUCCGCUCUCCCCUGAUGACCUCUAUUGGAGUCUUCAACUGGGCAUUGUUUUGACCUCUGACCUCUCUGCCUGCUUACUUUGUGGGCGCUAAGCUCCUGUGAGAAGGACUUUCAUGUUUGUAGCACUUAAAGCACCUCAAAGGCCCCGCAAACAUAGUUUUGAUUGGGUAAAAAGCUUGUUGUGGCUGAAAAAUAGACUUGUUGACGUCCGAGCGUCCUGGGAAUCUGUCAAUAUAACAAUGUUUACGCAAAACCAAAGGAACUAAAGGAUUGAGUUUAUUCGUCUAAAGCUGGACCCCACGUAAGCCAUUUAAUUUCUAAGCAUCAGGAAAACUCUUGUUUGCCUUUUGAGCUCGCAUGGGACCCCCAGCAGCAGAAUCAUUUGUACUUAUGCAAUCUUUCAGACUUAUUUCUCCUUCAGUCACUCACAAAAUGAUAUUAAUGGCAGAUUGAGAAUAUGUAACUGUUGCUGGGACUUAAGUGGCAAAUGAUUUAUAUUUCAAGUUAUCCAGGGUAGAAAUUGCAGCCAUGUUGUGUGGGGUUUCUCUAGUCUGAAUUUAUUCAUCAAAGACCUUAUUUACCAAUUUCACUCCAUUGUGUUAACACUUAUCUCAGCAGAAACCUCAGGAUCUUUUUGUGAAUGAGAAACCAAAGCAGAUUUUAAAGCAGAAAGACUCAUUUGGUCAUUGUUUUACAUAUCCGCUUGUCCUCGCACUGGAAAGUUUAGCCUUUUUCAGGGAGACGGAGCAAUGCAGCACAAGUUUUGUACUUGGCCUCUCAGGAAAACGGGAAUUGGUUGCAUAAUCAGAUUUCCUCUCCUUUUCAUUUCCUCAUGUUUCCUCCCCUUUUGACCUGAAAUGCCAUGCGGUGCCAUGGGGGUUUUCAUAAACUGCCAUUUCAGGUGCAUUUCUGCAGCGAAUUCUGAAAGUCUCUACCAUUUUCACGCCCAACUCCAUUUUCACCAUUCAUUCAGUUAGUCAUUGAACGUUUCGUGAACACACGGGCUCUGUCAAUGACUCUAUUCACUGUAUGAAUAAAGGUGAUUAUUCCAUGAAAAGACCUUAAGUCCUCUGUUAGCCUCCAUUUUGUACUUUCAGAUAGAUAUCUGAGGAGAAGGUGAAGCUAGGAUACUCAAGAAACCUCCAGACAUACCAAUGUGCCAAGCUGCUAUAUUAUUUUGUCCCCCCGCCCUCUUUUCUUUUAAUUUAUUUCUUUUGUGUUCGAAAGGGAGAUUUUCAUCUUCCUUUUUUAGUGUUUGUUUUUAAAAAUUUAAGGAUGUUAAACUUGUCUGAGAGACUGCGAGGAUUCCCCCCUUUUUUUUCUUUGUUUUUUUUUUUUUUUUUUUUUUUUUUGGUAAGGGGGGGUCCUCUGUGACACAUAGCUGAUACAUAGACCGACAGCUCAUUGUUACUGUUGUUCUGCAAUUUCUUUUUCCAAGAUAAAUGUAGACACUUUAACGUUUCCUCAAAGUUUUUCUCGUACAGUGUCACCAGCAAAUAUGCAGAUCAACCAGGCACAAAACCAAGUGCUCCUACUCGCUCUGAGUGAAGCAAAGCCUGUCAUUAUUGUGUUUUUGUUUUUGUUUUUUUCCCUUUGGUCUCUUGUAAGAGUUUUGUUUUAAAUGCAUAUACAGUUGAUUCCUCUUUUUCUGAUGGAAACCACCUUGGAAUAUGCUGAGUUUUGUCUUUCUUUCUGAGAAAGGCCUCAUUGUUUUUGUUUUUAUUUUUUCUUGCCAUUGCAUUUUCAUUUUUGAACCCCCUCACACAUGAAAAUUACUAGUCUACACUUAUUUUAGGGACCAGCGGUGUAGCUUUCAUGUUCAUCUUGUAUUUUCAUGUGGAUGUACUGUUUUUGUUUCUCAAUCUGACCCAGGGGGGCCAAAAUAAAGAACAUGGAAAAUUGUUCAA